UGGCUCGGAGCAUGGUCGCGGUUCGCCUCCCUCCCAAACGGGGCGGAAGUGCGUGUCACGUUUACGCGAAAGGUCGUAGAACCCGACCGGUAUAGCACAGCCUGCUCGCCAAAUUUGGUCACAGCAAAAGAGAAACCGGCAGCUACCGCAACUAUUCCGUUUCCGCAUUUGUCUUUUCCCGUUUGCCACCGUAUUUCAACGGUAUCGCGAGGGGCGUUAUCCUUCAUGAGCAGCAAGUGUCGCGGGUUUCGCUUCGCGCCUUUACUUUUCUGGGUGCCAGGGCACGAAUGAGAUCCGGCAGCUGGCUUCGCCGGGCGGCGCUCUGCUGGCGGGCGGCGGCGCGGCGGCCGCGGGCGGCGAGGCGGCGGCGUCGCCGUUCGGACGCCGCAGCCCGGCCUCCGAGCCGCUGCUGCUCGAGCCGCCGGCGAGCAUGUCGGCGCCUGCGGGAGCCGGCUACGCAGCGGCGGCGCCCAUGGUGCACAGGGCCUCGCCCGGGGGCUACGACCUGCGGGGACACCGUCGUGCAGCGCCGCCUCCUCCGCCAGACCUCUCGGCGGGACCGUUGUCGCCCCUCUACUUCCCGAACCUCCGGCCGCCUGAGGACUCCCGGCAGAAGGCGAGCGAGAGCCCGAGUCGGAAACGGCUGAAGCUGUCGCUUGGAGCAGCGGCAGCAGAGAUCGCGGCCACCCCGGCGGCUGUGCCGAUCGCUCCGCCCGGUGCCUGGGGCGAAGGCUCGCCCACACUGCGCAGGCGCAGCGCUUCGCAUCAGCAGCGGCGCAUGGAUCACCCGCCGCACCACUCCGCUAGGUGCACCAGCAACACGGCGAGGUGCCGACGCAGCCCUAGUAUGCGCCGGCCUCGGUACCGUGAGCCGCCGCCGCCACCACCACCACCACCGCCCGUGGCCCAGCACGGCUGGCGGCCAAGCCCACCAUCGCCUGAGCAGCAGCGCAACUUCCAGCCACACCUUCAUCACCCCAUGGCUCACCACCACCAUGUGGGCCACCAUCAUCACCAUGGAGGAACUGGCGCUGCAGGCGGGGCACAAACGCCAUCCCGCACUGGGGGCACCAGUGGUGUGCGUGUGGCCUGGGAGCCAUCGGUGGGCACCUUGCUCAGUGCUGCCAGCCCUGUGCAAGCUUUCCCACAGGCGCCAAGCUUUGUCUUCGACUUGACACAGGUGCCUGUGACCUUGGCCUCAGCUGUGCCGGCACAGCCCUUUGCUGUGUGCAGCACAAGCAGCAGCAUGGCGAGCAGCGGGGGCCCCCUGGGGGCAGCUGGUGCUGCGGGGGGAGCUGCGGCGGCACCUCACUACCACCUGCCACUGUUCACGCCUUCCUUCUUUGCCACGCCGCUGCUUGCCGCCUCGGGCCACCACCAUGUGGCGCCUUGUGGGUGCUGCUUCCAUCACCACCAGUUUGCUGCACCAGCCUUCCUCCACCCGACUCAGAUGAUGGCUGCUGCUGCGCCAAUGGCCGCCCACCAGAGGGCACCACAACAUGCCACACUUUUGUCGCAGUCCCAGGAGCCAGACCUAGAGCUGCUUGCAGAACAGCGGCGAAAUGGUGGUGCCUACGGAGGCCUAUCGCCCCAGCUGAGCCAUCACGCAGCACCAGGCACACAUUCACCAUCACCACCGAUCUCCCACCUCCUGCCAGACACUGUGACCACCAUGACUCCUCAGUCAGAUUUCAUAUGCAUGGUGCAUCCACGGCGCCUGGUUCAUGGACGACGCAGCUCUGGUCGCCGUUGGCGCACUCCUCUGGUGGCUGCCACACCUCCUCCGCCACCGCCACAUCCUCAUCCAGGCUUCCUACUGCACCUCUUCUGGUGGCCUUAUGAUGGUUCUAGUGCCAUGCUGUCCAACAACCCAAUGCCAGCGUAUGCGCCUGAAAUGGCAAGUGCCGAGUCGCCAGCAGCUGAGAACUAUGAAGCCCUGUUGAGCUUGGCCGAGAGGCUGGGAGAAGCCAAGCCACGUGGCUUGCCAAGAGCAGAGAUUGAGCAACUGCUGUCGUACCGCUUCAAUCCUGAGACGCACGAAUCUGAGCAGACAUCAUGUGUGGUAUGCAUGUGCGACUUUGAGGCCCGACAGGUCCUGCGUGUGCUUCCUUGUGGGCACGAAUUCCAUGCUCGAUGCGUUGACAAGUGGCUCAAGAAUAACCGCACAUGCCCGAUCUGCCGAGGCGACGCAUCUGAAGGUGGACACAGCUCUGAAUGAGCAUGCAUUCAUGCUGCCUGCCAGGAUGACGACCAGAAGUGGCACCACAUCGUUCUUCUCCUUUUUCACUUUUUUUUCCUUGGGCGGGGACUUUGUUGAGUGUGGCUGUCGUCUUUGCAUGCUCUGGAGUCUGUCAAGAGGUAUCUGCAAAGCUGACAAAAUGCUUGGUUGCGGAGUUUCAAAACCCUGUGUGCGCUCUUGGGAUUUCUUCUGAUCCUCUCUUUAAUGUGUGUGACAUUGCUUUGGGCCAAUUUUAUGUUCACCAAAAUUGAGUUCUGGGAUCGAAAGUACUGAUUGGGGCUUCUUCUUUUUUUUGUGCAAUACAAGAGGUUCUUUAUUCA